AUGAUUCAAAAUCAAACUCGUUCUAUCAUAACUGAUGACAGCGAUGAUAACCAACUGUCGUACGGGAACAAUUUAAACCAUGAAGAAAGUGUCAAUUUUGUGUCAACAUUAUCGCAAUAUCGUCAACGUAUGGAACAUUCGCAUUAUUUGAAAUUAUUCAAAUUAUCGUUAAAACGCAAUUCAUCUCAAGUGUAUUGUGAAUUUUGUCAACUCUUAGUACCUGUAGCACGUGUAUUAAUCGAACGAAAUCAAAGUCAGCAUAUUGAAAAUGUUGCUAUUACCUUUUGCAAAGAGUUCAAACUGAUCGAUGAAUCGGUGUGCAUUGGCGCAGUUCAUGAAUAUAAGGAUGCUGUGAUACAAGUGGUAGGAUUAAGUAAAUUAACAAGCAAACAAUUGUGUGCAUUGGCUUUUGGUUGUGAACAACAAUCACAGAUACCAGCGUUGAAUUGGAAUGUGACAUUUCCAAAUGUGCCAAAACCACCUGUAUCACCACCACAGCCACCAGCGCCUGGUGCACCCAAAAUGAGAAUUCUUCAUAUAUCUGAUAUCCACAUUGAUUUUGCUUAUCGACCGCAAAGUCUUGCUGAGUGUUCUCAACCACUCUGUUGUCGAUAUGGAACACCAGCGCCUGGUCAUAUUGGAGCUGGAUUUUGGGGAGAUUACAGAAAUUGCGAUUUACCAUUAUGGACUGCUGAAGAAAUAUUGAAGUAUAUUGCAGAAAUGGAAGAGUUUGAUAUUAUUUAUCAUACAGGAGAUUUGCCAUCUCACAAUGUGUGGAAUCAAUCUCGUGCAGAUCAAUUAUAUGCUAUUGAGACUAUAACAAAUUUACUAAAAAAAUAUUUUCCAAAUAAAGUAUUUUAUUCUGCGGUUGGAAAUCAUGAAACAGCACCGUGUAACCUAUAUCCGACACCAUUGAUAGAAACUGAUAAUAUCACAUGGUUAUAUACAUCAUUGGCUGACCAUUGGAUUCAACUAGGAUUACCAGAAGAAACAAGAGCGAGUAUAUUGCGUGGCGCAUUUUAUACUACACUCAUUCAUUCUGGUUUGAGAUUAAUAUCAUUAAAUAUGAAUUACUGUUCAACCGAAAAUUAUUGGUUAUUUAUAAAUUCUACGGAUCCAUUAGAUCAGUUACAAUGGCUCGUCAAUUGGCUACAAUAUGCCGAAGACAAUAAUGAAAAAGUUCAUAUUAUUGCACAUCAUCCACCCAGAUCGUGUCUAGAAUCCUUUAGUUGGAAUUUUUACAGAAUUGUUAAUCGAUACGAAAAUACUAUAGCCGGACAAUUUUACGGUCAUGCACAUAACGAUGAAUUUAUUAUGUUUUAUGAUGAGGUUGAUAAAACACGUCCAGUUUCAAUGGCUUAUGUAACACCAUCGUUAACAACAGCCUCAUUUUUAAAUCCGGGUUAUCGUAUAUACACGGUCGAUGGUUAUCAUGAUUCCACUACAUAUUGGGUAUUGGAUCAUCAUACUGUAAUAAUGAAUUUAACAGCAUCGAAUUUGUUUAAUAGAACAAUAUUUAUUGAUGAAUAUUCAGUUAAAACUGACUAUCAAAUGGAUUAUCUGUUCCCAAAUGACUGGAAUAAUUUUAUUAAUCGGUUAGAAGCUGAUAUUGAUGGUAAUUUAAUGGGAUUAGUUUAUCAAUACUAUACAAAAUCGUUUGCAAACGGCACAGUCUGCGAUCACAAUUGUCGUGAAGGACUGCUGUGCAAUUUUAAAAGAGCUCGAUCGGAAACACCAUGUUCUGAUUGA